AUUUUCAACAGGCUGAGCGGUAUCAACUACGAGGUGCAUUUUCUCAAUAGCCAACUUCCGUUUACCUUUUGUUGUUAACCGCAUGAUUUCUACAAGAACAAUGAAGGUGCUUGCAGUAUUUACUGUUGCUUUAGUCUCCUUAAUUUAUCUGCUAUUACCGGCAGGUGCAAAAGGAGACAAACAAUCGAAGAAGGACCUUCUGGUUACUGACAAGGUAUACUUUGAUAUAACAAUAGGAGGUGAGGUAGAAGGACGGAUAGUCAUUGGUCUCUUUGGAAAGGUUGUACCCAAAACAGUGAAAAACUUUGUGGGCUUAGCCACACAUGAGCAAGGAUAUGGCUACAAAGGAAGUAAGUUUCAUCGAGUCAUCAAAGAUUUCAUGAUUCAAGGAGGCGAUUUCACAAGGGGAGACGGAACUGGAGGAAAGAGUAUAUACGGUGACAAAUUUAAGGAUGAGAACUUCAAGCUAAGCCACUAUGGAGCAGGAUGGCUAAGUAUGGCUAAUGCAGGAAAGGACACCAAUGGAUCUCAAUUUUUCCUUACUACAGUCAAGACAUCAUGGCUUGAUGGUAGACAUGUAGUCUUUGGGAAAGUCUUAGAAGGAAUGGACGUUGUGAGAAGGGUAGAACAAACUAAGACAGCUAGACAAGACAAGCCCAUCAAAGAUUGUGUUAUUGCUGACAGCGGCACUCUUGAAGUAGCAGAGCCUUUUGCUGUAGAAAAGAAACCAGUCGUAGAGUAAACUUCCCUUAGCCCUUCCUGCCUCUCAGUCUAUGUCACAAAUGAUUAUACCGAUAGACAAUUCACAAUGUAGAUGUAUAGAUUGUUCAGUGUUUUAUAUGCACAUGCAGUUUAUGCAACUUUUAAGUUACCAAGUAGUGUACCAGUAGUAGUUAUUCCACUUCAAAUAAGAAUAUAUUAUAAGAUGUCUUAUUUUCAAUCAAUUGGGAAAAUUAUUGUACUGUAUUGAAGGAUGGUUAGUUCUAUAGGAAAUUGUGAAAUUGCACUGUUAUUGCUGCAAAAUUCAUUGCUGAUUGCAGUACUAGUAGGAACAUUGUGCAUUGCAUGUUGGUCCUAUUAAGACUUGAUAUUAACAACAAAUGCACAAUUUCUGUAACAAGUUUGCUAUCAGCCAAUGAAAUUGAAUGCUUUCAGGAGCUUUAAACUGUUAUUUCAAAUUUGUUAUUUUAACACGUUUAUGAAACAGGUCCCUGGUCUGUAGAUCUUUCCUCCUCUAUAUUGAUUAACUCAAUAUCUAUAAAAGGACCUUCAGAGUGCAAGCUUGAAUCUACCAGCUUGAUCUUCGUAAUUUAUCACAGGCCUGAUAAGUUCAUCUUCUUUUCUUACAAUGAAUUUUACUACUCGAUCAGAGUGAAGAUAGAUUGCUGAUUAUUGGACAAAGACAUCAUGUAUGAUCUUGGGAUUACAUCUAUUGUAGUUUAUAUUGUUCUCACACCCAUAGUAUAGAUAAAAUAUUAUAGAGAUAACUUUAUUCAUUCUGUUGGCAAAUAGUUUUAAUGCAUUGCUUUAAUGAUAGCAUCGAAGUAGAAAUAUACAUGUACAAAAUGAAUUCUUGAUAGAAAUGGUAUUUUGCAAGAUGUUGUGAUACAUUUGUAUAUCAUACAAUCUGAAAUGCAUGCUAUUUUUAUUGCAUUUUUUCUGAAAUUGUUUGUUGGUGAUCAAAUAACAAUAGUGGUAAUCUCUUACUCUGCUAAUUUUAUAUGACAUGAUCUUCAAAUCACUGACAAACUUAUAUUGAAAUUAGAUAGAAACAUGAGUAUGUUUUAUGUAAUUAUGAUUUUGUUUGGUAAAGCAAUAGCAGCAUUUCAUAGCAAGCCCCUUGUGACCAUCUUAAUUGUAUAACUUAAAGGGAAGUUCACCCUGACAAAAAGUUGAUUUGUAAAAAUAGCAGAAGAAAUAUUUAAAAAAUUCGUCAAAGAAUAAAAAGUUAUUAGAAUUCUAAUUAUUUGAUUUGUGACGUCAUAUGCAAGCAUCUUUUCUACAUAUCGAAUGGUAAAAAAUCAAUGAAAUGUCAUUUUCUCAGACAAUUGAAAAUUGUUUUUAUUGUACCUUCAGUAUUCAAUAGACAAAUCAUUUCACACCCAUUCCUAAAAUGAAAACAAAAUAGUCAUCACGAAUCAUUAAAUUACAAAACAUAUGGGGCAGCUGCUCGUUUAUGACGUCACAAAUCCAAAACUUCAAUUUAUAAUAACCUUCUCGGUAUUUAAUGGAUUUUCCUCAAACCUUCACCAAUAUUUUUCAUUAUUUUUUUUCUGCUAUUUUUUUACCAGGGUAAACUUCCCCUUAAAGGCUUUUAUUAGAAGAAAUAAUAUAUUAUUUAGUAUCAAAAUAUAACACCAAUUUUUAAAAAGCAAUGUGAUUGCUUAAAAUCAAGACCAGGAAUAAAACUGUCACUUGAGUAAUAUUGUUUCUAGCAAUAUAUUUUCUCUAGUCUAAUUAUCUCAUUUUUUAUGUUGAUUAACAAACAAAUUGAAUAUGAUGAAAUUGUAUUGGAUAUUGUUAAUUGAAAUAUUGUUAUUUCAUACAGAUUCAAUUCAAUUUUUCUCCAUUCGACUCAUUUAGUCUGCUUGUCUUUGGAACAGUUGCCCUAAAAUUAGAUCAGUUAGCCUUCAAACCCUUUUUCACAGGCAGGAAGUCAUGUUCUUCGAUUGAAAUGUCGGUGUGUGUCUUUUGUUAGUAUUGUUUUUUUUGCUCCAUACUGGCAUUUGUUUGGUCUCUCAUUUUGCAUACCUCUUCAUGUUACAUUAGAAGAAUAGUGGUGAAAUAUUUGAAGCAAAGGCUUGCCUAUCGGAGCAAGUAUUCAUUGUAUAUAUUAUAAACAGUGCCUUUCUUCUUACCCAUUCAAUCUGAACACAUUAGAAAGCAAUAUAUAAAGGAAUACUGUUUAUGUAUCAUCAAAGUUUGAUAAGAUGUGUUGCAUGUUACAAAACCAUACAGAGGCAGGCUUUAUUACCUGUUCAUUUUGGUUGAUGUGUUGUAUAUCUAUAGAGUAUAAUUUAAGUCACAAUUUAUUACUGUGUACAUGAAAGUAGCUUUCAAUUAUUUUACCAAACAUUGAAGUGCAGGAAGAGUCUCGCAUUUAGAGUAGAGUAGUUAAUCUUUGUGAUGUAUGUUCAGGGUUUGAUGUUUUUUGUCUCACCUGCAUAGCAGAGUGAGACUAUAGGCGCCGCUUUUCCGACGGCGACGGCGGCGGCGACGGCGGCGGCGACGGCGACGGCGGCGGUGGCGUCAACACCAAAUCUUAACCUGAGGUUAAGUUUUUGAAAUGACAGCAUAACUUAGAAAGUAUAUGGACCUAGUUCAUGAAACUUGGCCAUAAGGUUAAUCAAGUAUUACUGAACAUCCUGCCUGAGUUUCAUGUCACAUGACCAAGGUCAAAGGUCAUUUAGGGUCAAUGAACUUAGACCAUGUUGGGGGAAUCAACAUCAAAAUCUUAACCUAAGGUUAAGUUUUUGAAAUGUCAUCAUAAAUUAGAAAAUAUAUGGACCUAGUUCAUGAAACUUAUACAUAAGGUUAAUCAAGUAUCACUGAACAUCCUGCAUGAGUUUCACGACACAUGACCAAGGUCAAAGGUCAUUUAGGGUCAAUGAACUUUGGCCGAAUUGGGGGUAUCUGUUGAAUUACCAUCAUAACUUUGAAAGUUUAUGGAUCUGAUUCAUGAAACUUGGACAUAAUAGUAAUCAAGUAUUACUGAACAUCCUGUGCAAGUUUCAGGUCACAUGAUCAAGGUCAAAGGUCAUUUAGGGUCAAUGAACUUUGGCCAAAUUGGGGUAUUUGUUGAAUUACAGCCAUAAAUUUGAAAGUGUGUUGGUCUAGUUCAUAAAACUUGGACAUAAGAGUAAUCAAGUAUCACUGAACAUCCUGUGCGAGUUUCAGGUCACAUGAACAAGGUCAAAGGUCAUGUAAGGUCAAAGAACUUUGGCCACGUUGGGGGUAUUUGUUGAAUUGCCAUCAUAUCUCUAUAAGUGUAUUGGUCUAAUUCAUAAAACGUGGAAAUACGAGUAACCAAGUAUCACUGAACAUCUUGUGCGAGUUAUAGUAGUUUUCAAAAUCAGCACUGCUGCUAUAUUGAAUCGCGUGAUGCAGGUGAGACGGCCAGAGGCAUUCCACUUGUUUAUGAAUAAAUCAUUAAAGGUUAAAGAUUAUAAACAGUGGAAGGGGGAGGGGAGGUCUGACCUUGGAGAUACAUUUAGACCAUUCAACAAUUUCUUUUUAGCACGUCCCCUCUGAUGGGCAAUGCCAUGUGGAAAGGCUAAUCAUUCUCUUAAUGAGGUGUCUUUUCAUCCUCUCGAGACAAAACCCCAUAUUUAAAAAAAUAUUUUCCUGAUAGAAGCAACUUUCAUGAUCCAAGAACAGAUAUAUAAGUGUACUUCAUAGUUUGGGUAUUGGUAUGAAUGUUAUUCUUUAAACCGAUGAACAAUAGCAGUCAGGAGGCAAAGAUGGGCAGGGAAGAGAAUUAUUUGAGGUGUCCAAUUUUACUUUACAUUCUUUUCACUUGAGCAAUAUUUUAUUAUGGUGAUCAGGGCUUCGUAACACAAAGGUUAGCGAUUAAUCGCUAAAUGAACUGACCUAUCAAGACCUUCGUUGCAUGCGCAAUUUGCUCAGUUGACUGACUAGGAACCAAUCAGAAUCAUUCUUUCAUAUUAGCGAUUAAUCGCAAAUCUUUGUGUUACGGAGCCCAGGUGUAGUUUAUUCCGGGAGUUUAUUUUAGAAAUAUAGUUUCUUUGUUCAUUUUGUUUUACCAGUAAUGUCGAAUUCAGUGAAUUUGAUCCUUUCGCUGUGAUACAAUAGAUGCACGGAUUGUGCACGUGAUAACUAUA